AUGAGGCUGAAGAUAUCUCUUUUAAAGGAACCAAAACAUCAAGAAUUAGUAAGCUGUGUGGGCUGGACUACUGCUGAAGAACUGUAUUCAUGUAGUGAUGAUCACCAGAUAGUGAAGUGGAACUUGUUAACCAGUGAAACAAGUCAAAUAGUAAAGCUUCCUGAUGAUAUCUACCCGAUAGAUCUUCACUGGUUUCCAAAAACUUUAGGCAUAAAGAAACAGACUCAAGCAGAAAGCUUUGUCCUCACAAGUUCUGAUGGUAAGUUUCAUCUGAUUUCCAAAUUAGGAAGAGUGGAAAAAAGUGUAGAAGCUCAUAGUGGAGCAGUACUUGCAGGAAGAUGGAAUUAUGAAGGAACAGCAUUGGUUACAGUUGGAGAAGAUGGACAAAUAAAAAUCUGGUCAAAGACUGGAAUGCUAAGAUCAACUUUAGCUCAGCAAGGAACACCAGUGUAUUCAGUAGCAUGGGGCCCGGAUUCAGAAAAGGUUCUUUAUACAGCAGGCAAGCAGCUGAUCAUUAAACCUCUUCAACCAAAUGCUAAAGUUUUGCAGUGGAAAGCUCAUGAUGGCAUUAUUUUAAAAGUAGAUUGGAACUCAGUUAAUGACCUUAUUUUAUCUGCUGGUGAAGACUGUAAAUAUAAGGUGUGGGAUAGUUAUGGCCGCCCGCUGUACAAUUCACAACCUCAUGAGCAUCCUAUUACCUCUGUUGCCUGGGCUCCAGAUGGAGAAUUAUUUGCUGUUGGAUCGUUUCAUACUUUACGCUUGUGUGAUAAAACUGGGUGGUCAUAUGCUUUAGAAAAGCCCAACACUGGCAGCAUAUUUAAUAUUGCAUGGUCAAUUGAUGGUACUCAGAUUGCUGGAGCCUGUGGAAAUGGGCAUGUUGUUUUUGCACAUGUAGUGGAGCAGCGUUGGGAGUGGAAAAAUUUUCAAGUUACAUUAACUAAAAGAAGGACCAUGCAGGUUCGUAAUGUUCUUAAUGAUGCAGUGGAUUUACUGGAAUUCCGUGACAGAGUCAUUAAAGCUUCUUUGAACUAUGCACACUUAGUUGUUUCUACAUCUCUUCAAUGCUAUGUGUUCUCUACAAAAAAUUGGAAUACACCACUUAUAUUUGAUCUCAAAGAAGGAACUGUUAGUCUAAUUCUGCAGGCAGAAAGACAUUUUCUUCUUGUAGAUGGUGGUGGUAUCUAUUUAUAUUCUUAUGAAGGGCGCUUUAUUUCUUCUCCAAAAUUUCCUGGAAUGAGAACAGAUAUUCUGAAUGCACAGACUGUCUCUCUGAGUAAUGAUACCAUAGCAAUAAAAGAAAAAGCUGAUGAAAAGAUAAUCUUCCUCUUUGAGGCAUCAACUGGAAAACCAUUAGGUGAUGGAAAACUUCUUUCUCAUAAGAAUGAAAUCUUGGAAAUUGCUCUGGAUCAAAAAGGACUUACCAAUGAUAGAAAAAUUGCUUUCAUUGACAAAAAUAGAGAUCUCUAUAUUACGUCAGUUAAACGGUUUGGGAAGGAAGAACAAAUUAUCAAACUUGGAACAAUGGUGCAUACAUUGGCAUGGUGUGAUACAUGCAAUAUCCUGUGUGGACUUCAAGAUACUCGAUUUACAGUAUGGUAUUACCCCAAUACAGUUUAUGUGGACAGAGACAUUUUACCCAAAACAUUAUAUGAAAGGGAUGCAAGAUAUGAAAAGUUUCAGAAAAUUUCAUCCAAAGAACAAACCAUGUGGGCUUGCCUAGCUGCUAUGUCAGUUGCUAAUAGAGAUAUGACUACUGCAGAAAUAGCCUAUGCAGCGAUUGGUGAAAUUGAUAAGGUUCAGUACAUUAAUUCUAUAAAAAAUCUUCCAUCUAAAGAAUCAAAAAUGGCCCACAUACUAAUGUUUAGUGGGAACAUGCAGGAGGCUGAAAUAGUACUUCUUCAAGCUGGCCUUGUUUAUCAAGCAAUUCAGAUCAAUAUUAAUCUCUACAACUGGGAAAGGGCACUUGAAUUGGCAGUAAAAUAUAAAACACAUGUGGAUACAGUUCUUGCUUACCGUCAGAAGUUUCUGGAGACAUUUGGUAAACAGGAAACUAAUAAACGAUACUUACAAUAUGCAGAAGGUCUCCAAAUAGAUUGGGAAAAAAUCAAAGCCAAAAUUGAGAUGGAAAUUACUAAAGAACGAGAGCGGUCAUCAAACAGCCAGUCCAGCAAGGGUACAGGUGGAAAGCACUAA